UAGAUGGAGAGGAAUGUGUGAUGUACAGCGUGACACAGCGAGAGUAGUACGAACUGUCUUCAUACACGCUGAACCCCAAAUCCCAGCUUCUUCUGCUCGUUCUCUAGCCCCCAAUUCCAAUCUAGAUCUCAGGAGUGUGAUCUCAAACCGAGAUCGAUCAAUGAUGGCAUCGGAGCCGGUCGCGCUACCGGACGACGCGCUCGCGGAGGUCCUCCGGCGUCUCCCCCCGCACAUCCUGGCCGAGGCCUGGCGGGUCUGCAAGGCGUGGCGCGACGCAGUCGACAACCGCCUGCGCGGCAGCAUGCUUUCGCGCUCGGUGCACGGCAUCUUCAUCACCUUCACGGAGUGGCACUUCUCGUUCUCGGAGUUCUUCUUCCGCCCCUCGAGGGGCCCGGCGAUCGACGGAGGGCUCUAUUUCCUGCCGUACAUGGGCGUCAAGGUCACGGACCACUGCGAGGGCCUUUUGCUUUGCCAUGAGUCGAGCGACGAUGCACUGCCGCGCCCGCGCGAGUACGUCGUCAACCCGGCCACCCGUCGGUGGGCGCGUUUGCCCAAACGCCCCUUGCCGCACAUGCCAGGAUUAGAAUACACCGCCCACCUCGCGUUCGAGCCCGCCGUGUCACCGCACUACCAGGUCUUUCUGAUCCCACGCGUACCAUGGCGACUUCCAGCCGACGGCGAAUCCGACGACGACAAUCCGUUGCUCGAAUUGGAAUGGCCUCCCGUGUCAUACCUCAUCCAUGUGUUCUCGUCGGUGACUCAGCGAUGGGACGAGACGACCUUCCUUCGAGAAGGGGAGGCUGACGGGAUCGUCGCCGACAUGCAGUCGAAUUGGUGGUAUGACCAGUCUCUUUAUCGUGGCGUCUACUGGCAAAAUGCACUCUACAUCCAUUGCCAACAUGGCUAUCUUACGAGGAUGUCCAUGUCAGAUCAUACAUACAGAGUAAUUAAACUACCAGGUACUGGUGAAUUGAUAGCAUAUUCCUACCACCAUCUCGGGAGGUCAUCGCGAGGGGUGUAUGUUGAAUAAAUAGGCAAUUUCUCGAUUAAAUUAAGCCACGAGUAAAUCACUAGCAUGGCAUUGACACAUAUGAUCGCAUACUGAU